AUGACCGCCUGCGCGCCAGUAGCGCACCACCACCUCUACACCACCACCACCACCGCCAAUGACGACGACGACGACGACAACAACAACGACGACGUGGGGGAGGAGGAGGAGGAGGAGGAGGAGAAGCAGCACGCCCUCCACCUCCACCGGCUGCGCAGGGCUGCUCCCGGCGGGGCGAUCAUGUCCGCCGCUGCCCCCACCACCGAGCAGCGCCCCCUCCUCGACCACCACCAGGACGACCAGGACGACCACGACGUUCUGUCGGAGGAAGACGACGACCGUCAUGAGGACACGGGUCUCGAGAUCAUCGAAGACGAAGACGAGGAGGAGGAGGAGGACGACGGCCAGGAGGAGGGCGAGCAGCGCCCAGAGCUGCCCGAGGCCUCCCCGGCCUCCCCUGGCCCGGCGCCCCUACACCACCACCACCACCACCACCACGGGGCAGCCGGAGGAGCACCACCACCCCCCCUGCUGCUGCUGCAACGACCACCACCGCACGACCCCCGGGCGGCGGCGUCGGCGGCCCGCUUAUCGGUACCACCGCCGCCACCACCAGGGCUGCUGCCGCCGCCGCGCGGCGGGGGCGGAACCGAUGGUGCGGAGGAGAUCAUGCGCAACGCUCUCUUCCUGCUGGCCCUCAAGCACCCUUCCCUCAAGCAAGACACCGAGCAGCCCCCCCUCGCCUCCCGUGAUGACCACCAGCAGCACCACCAGCACCACCACGCGAAGAAGAGCGGCGGCGGCGGCCACAACGGCCACGACAGCGGAGGGGAGAGUCGCGAGGAGGAGGAGGAGGGGCGCCAGGAGAGGCGUCCCACGGAAGCCGAAUGGAAGGGGCGCGAGGACGCCCCCUCGUCGUCGGGUGUCGAGCAGGCCCGCGCAGAGAAGCGAGCGCGCCGCGAGGAGGCCAAGCGGGUUUACCGCGACCAGCGACGCCUGCGACGACGAGAGCGCCGCCGCCUCCACGACCACCAACACCGGAGGCGGCAGCAGCAGCAAGAGGAGGAGGAGGAUAAGGCUCCGUCUCCGGCCGUGGUCCCAGCCGGCGACAGCCAACCCGCUCCUCUCUGCAGUCCGCCGCGGGUGAGCCGGUCCGCGGCCACGGUCGUGACUGCCCGCGACGACAAUGAGGUGGUCCUCCGGGCCACCCGCAAGCGAAAGCGGGCCGAUGCCGCCGCCAGGCACUACAAUUCGGACGAUGACGGGGAGGCGGCCACCAGCUACGACGAAGCCGCCGAUGACGACGUCGAGGUGGACGAGGACGACGACGGGGACACUCUUCUGCUGUGCGAGGAAGAGAUCCUGGAGAGCGGCGGCGGCGGCAGCACCACCGGCACCGGCCACCACCGGAAGCGGAAGAGGCCCGUGGAGCGGAAGAGGGCCACGGCCGACCAGGUCGUGGUGCUGGAGAAGAUGUACCGCGAGGACAAGUUCCCCUCGUCGGAGCUCAUCCGCCACACGGGCGAACGCCUCGGCAUGAAGCCCUCCAAGGUCAAGAACUGGUUCCAGAACAAGCGGGCCAAGGAACGACGAGUCGCGGCCGGAAAGGAACGGCCCUCCUCCGCAGCUGCCAAGGCCAAGAAGGCCGCCGCCGCCGCUGCAGCCGCCGCCAACGAUCGCAGCAGCAGCAGCAGUAGCAGCAAGGCGAGGGGAGGAGGCAAGGCCAAGGAGGCCAAAGGCGAGGCGACCAGCAGUGCCGCGAUGGAGGUCGAUGAGCCGGGCGGCGGCGGCGGCCAGGGCUUCUCCUCGUCGCUGCCCUACUCCUUCCUCAGCGAACGGAGGAAGCUCGCCCUCCCGCCCUCGACCGCACCUCCCAAGAAGCGCUACACCGCCUUCGGCCACCACACCGCAGCUGUUCUCCGCCCCGGCCCGCCCUUCAUGCUCCCGCCCACCACCACCACCACCGGCAGCAGCGGCGGCAGCGUGCAGCUGGUGGGCCACCACUCUCCCCUCCGCUUUCUCUCCUCCCCGCUCCCGCCCACGCACGGCUGA